AUGGCGUAUGUUGAUGAACUGGAGCCUAAUGUAGAAGCCCUGAGAGACAACAGUAGAUCUACAUACGAGGUGCUCAAUAAAUUAAAGGUGUCGUGGUAUGCUAAGUAUAGUUUCAACUGGAUUAGGCUCGUUGUUUCUGAUACAGAUCAAAUGAACAUAUCUUCCUUGCAUUUCUUCGAUAAUAAAGAUCAACUUACCAUAGAGAAGUACUCCAUAAGUAAAAAAGAUUCUACGGUUGACAUCCAUGUUGCGUUGUCUAAAUCUGCAAAACGACUCGAAAUUGAGUUUGUCACAGACAUUUCUCUAUGUACGAUAUUCGUUAGUGGAGGUCGCAACAUUGCACUGCAUAUGGCUACAACAAUGUCCAGCACUAACGAUACCAAUGUAGCAAGCUUGGCUGUGGAUAACGAACGUGAAAUGAACAGCUCCGACCCUACAUGUACCAUGACUACUGACCAAGACAUGUCCUCUCCUGAGUGGACUGUUCAAUUUAACUCAAGUGUGUCUAUCAUUGGAGUCAUUAUCUACUCGAAAAGUCCCUUAAGCAACUUAUCUGUGACGAUCGUGCGUAAUCAGAAGACUUUUAAACUUUCCUUCAAUGACAUUCUUAUGAAAAAGGACGUGGUACUUUUGCAACUUGACAAAGUUGUCGUGGCUGAGAGACUGGAGAUCACAGUGCAAGACAGUUUACUUGAAUUGUGCGAAGUUGAAAUAUACGGCGAUGAGACGUGUGAGUCUAACAAGUUCGGUUUGUUAUGCGACAAACCGUGCGACUGUCGGAAUAAAAUUAAAACCUGCGCCAUACCCACAGGAGCAUGCUGGUCAGAAUUUAAGGGAGAUUUUAAUGACGGGUGCAAUAAAGAUAAUGUUUUGUGUGGGAAGCCCCCUGAUGUAGAUCAUGGCCAAUGGACAGAUUGUGUGAGGGUGAUAGGAUCAAAUUGCUCAUUAACGUGUGACCCUGAUUACGAAUUGAUUGGAGACCCACACAUCACGUGCCAGCCUAAUGGACGAUAUACUGACCCUGGAAUAUGCCAACGUACUAUUUUGUGUGGCGAGCCCCCUGAUAUAAGGAAUGGUCAUUGGACUGAGUGCCAGAGGGCGAUAGGAUCAAAUUGCUCAUUAACGUGUGACCCUGAUUACGAAUUGAUUGGAGACCCACAUAUCACGUGCCAGCCUAACGGACGAUAUACUGGCCCUGGAAUAUGCCAACGUAUAGUUUCGUGUGGCGAACCCCCCACAGUAAAUCAUGGCAUUUGGAAAAAGUGUGAGAGGGCGAUAGGAUCAACGUGCUCAUUAACCUGUGAAUCUAAUUACGAAUUGAUUGGAGACUCACAGGUCACUUGCAAGACUAACGGACAAUAUACUGGCCCAGGAAUAUGCAAACGUAUUGCUUCGUGUGGUGACCCCCCUUAUGUAAAGAAUGGUCAUUGGACUGAGUGCCAGAGGGUGAUAUGGUCAAGGGUCUCCAGACAAUCUGUUCAGCUGUUCCCAAAAUCUUCUUAUCCUUUCUGUUUGGAUCGAGCUUUGAGUCGCUUGCUGUGGGGAUUCAACUAA